UUGGACUUGAGAGAUUCCCUUUCCCUUCAAAACAAAACGCUGCCUUUAACGCCAACCCACCGGGCGACUCUUUUCUUGGACUGCCUGCCUUCCCUGGGAGCCACUUCCGCUCUCUCUGCAACCGGCCCUCAAUCUCUCUAAUCUAUUCCUUUCCCUUUUCGUCGGAGCCCUCCUUAAUCUGGUUGCUGAUAGUUUUGUUCAUUUUUCAACCUAGAUCUUCAUGGUUUAGGUCUGCAUUUUGGGAUUUUCUUGAUUAAAUGACGCGAUUCUCUUCCUUAGGCAUUUCCCAAGGUUCCCUUUUCUUUUUUUCUUGAGCUGGUGAGGUGAGUUAAUGAUGGGCCCAGAGAGUCUGGAAGAUUCUUCUUCACCUGCCCCGCCACCGCUGACAAAGAAGUAUGGCGUGACCAAACCAAUUUCAGUUGCCGGUCCAAAUGAAUCAGAUUUCCAACGAAAUAUUGAACUGGAAAAGUUCUUGCUUGACGCUGGGCUGUAUGUAAGUGAUGAAGAUGCUUCUAGAAGAGUUGAGGUUCUUCGUCGCAUGGAUCAGAUUGUGAAGUGUUGGGUGAAGCAACUAACUCGCCAAAGAGGCUACACAGAUCAAAUGGUAGAAGAUGCUAAUGCAGUCAUGCUUACUUUUGGUUCAUAUCGUCUAGGGGUACAUGGACCUGGGGCUGAUAUGGAUACUCUAUGUGUUGGUCCAUCCUAUGUGAACAGAGAGGAAGACUUCUUCAUUGUUCUUCAUGAUAUGCUGGCUGAAAUGGAAGAGGUUACUGAACUCCAACCAGUUCCUGAUGCUCAUGUUCCAGUAAUGAAAUUCAAGCUUCAAGGAAUAUCAGUGGACCUCCUUUAUGCUAGUAUAUCACUUUUGGUUGUGCCAGAGGACUUAGAUAUCUCAGAUGAAUCUGUACUCUUAAAUGUGGAUGAGCAAACUGUUCGUAGUCUCAACGGAUGCAGGGUUGCAGAUCAAAUUCUCAAGCUUGUACCAAAUGUUGAGAACUUCCGUACAACACUCAGGUGUCUGAAAUUUUGGGCCAAAAGGCGUGGUGUUUAUUCUAAUGUUACUGGAUUUCUUGGUGGGGUCAAUUGGGCCCUGUUAGUUGCUCGUGUCUGCCAACUUUAUCCCAAUGCAGUCCCCAGCAUGCUGCUUUCCCGUUUUUUUAGAGUUUUCACACAAUGGCGUUGGCCAAAUCCUGUGAUGCUAUGCCCAAUAGAAGAGGAAGACCUUGGUUUUGUUGUGUGGGAUCCUCGAAAAAACCCUAGGGAUCGAACCCACCAUAUGCCAAUAAUAACCCCAGCAUAUCCCUGCAUGAACUCUAGCUACAAUGUGUCAACAAGUACACUUAGAGUUAUGAUUGAGCAAUUCCAUCACGGUAACAAAAUUUGUGAGGAGAUUGAGAUGAACAAAUGCCAGUGGAGUGCCUUGUUUGAACCAUAUUUCUUUUUUGAGGCCUACAAAAAUUAUUUGCAGAUUGACAUAGUUGCAGUAGAUGCUGAUGAUAUGCUUUCUUGGAAGGGUUGGGUUGAAUCUAGGCUUAGGCAACUGACAUUGAAGAUAGAAAGGGACACAUAUGGAAUGUUGCAAUGCCAUCCUUAUCCAAACGAAUAUAUGGACUCAUCGAAACCAUGUCAACAUUGUUCUUUCUUCAUGGGCUUGCAAAGAAAAUUGGGUGUGAAAGUCCAAGAAGGGCAGCAGUUUGAUAUACGUGGAACUGUUGAUGAAUUCAAGCAAGACAUAAACAUGUACAUGUUCUGGAAACCGGGGAUGGAUAUCUAUGUUUCUCAUGUUCGUAGGAAACAAAUACCUGCUUAUGUAUUUCCCGAUGGAUAUAAACGACCACGGGUAUCCAGGCAUACUAGUCAGCAAGCUGAAAGAGGCGAGGAAGAUGCUGAAGGCUGCAGGUCUAAUUCUUCUGAAAAGCAACUUAAGAGGAAGACAGAUACAGAAAUGGUCAGUGGAAGGACGGAGGGGCUGGAGAAACGACCUUCUAUUAGUCCCCAACGUCUACACUCUGCUGUUUCCAAAAGCUGUACAAGAUCUGACGGGGGAUCUCAAUUCAGCUCUAAUGAAGUGGUUGAUAUGUCUUCUGAUGAUCUGAUCAGCUCUGGAGGGGCCAAAGCUGCUUUGGGAGAAGUUGAGGAGAUGAUGGAACCGUGUAUUCUGUCCGCAGGAGAUACUGAUGUUCAGAACUUCAGUAAAGAUUGUGAGUCCAUGCAGGGUGAUGUAGGUGAAGCCAAUCUAGAGUUGCGUUUGGAUAAGGGGUCUUUGAACAGGAGCACAGUGUUUGGAAACAACAUAGAAGAGACAUUGGAGCCAACAACUAUUGCAAUGGGGAUGGGGGUAGAAUCCCAGAACGGGGCUAGUUCUGAACCAGUGAAGAAUCCAUCAAUGAGGCUUAGUCUGGAGUCUACUGCUUAAAGGGUUUAUGGGGAAUGCGCAUUCAAUAAUGAGGUAAAUGAAAGGAAAAUAAGCAACAGUUUUAGGGGGAGAUGUUUCAGCUUCAACGACUGAGAUGGCAUUUGUUAUCCCAACUGACAAUGAGAUACAACCGUUUGGUAUGCUUCGUGUUCCUCACUUAAAGAGAAAUUUAAGUGUGAAGGAAAACUUGAAAACAAAAAAAAAUUAAAAAAACGUAAGAAAAAUUCAAACAUGGGGGACAAUUUGCAAUUUGGAUAAGGGACUGAAUAGUUUGAACGUUCAUUAAGCUAUGCCUACUGCUUUUGUGGGCUUGUGGAUCUAGUUUUCUUGCAGCUGCUGCUGUUUCUGCAGUCAUGGCCUACUUUUACUGCAUCUUGUUUGUAACAUGAAGUGAUGUGCUUGUGUAGUAUUUUGUUUUUAUGACACUAGACUAACUCUGUUUUAAGUUUGAUGUUUUGCCAAAGUCUUCUCACAUGUCUGC